UCUCCGAGUAAAACUCGCUGCUUGCCUGCGACGAGCUCUGUGAGAGCCUGGGGUUUGUUUCUUGCGCCGCCGUUCCGUUUCAACUUAAAGCUCUGCGUGCCAAGAGAGAGAGAAAUAGACAAGCCUGGGGUGGGCGUUGAGGAACGGCGCUCACCUCGGUGUUCUUGGUGGGAGGCGACGAGCGCGUGCCCCUGCUCUGCUCUGCCGUGGUGGGCUGAGUCUGCUUGCGAGGAGAAGGGGGAGGCGUGUUUGCCGUUCCUGCCCCGGAGGUGCUUCUUCUUCGUCUUCAGAGCGUGCAUCCACUCGCGGCUGCAAACCAAUCUGCCCUUGUUGAUGAGCAAGAAACAAGCAAAAAAUAUGGCAUCUUGAGCCCGCCGAGAUAAACCGGAGUCCUCUCUUCUUCAAAUUCGGGGAGCAUUUUGCGUUUCAAGCGCUGGAAGGGGAUUUCAUUUUCGUGCCAAAGCGGUUCUUGGUUCCAUGGCGCGAGGACGCGGGAUGUUGGUGGGCAAGAACCCUACCAAAACCCUCGCCGCCACUCUCCUGCUCCUCCUCCUCCUGCUCGCGGUCUCCCCGCUCUGCACGCGCCCCGCAGCCUCCCAGCCGCUCCACUCGGAGCCCAUGUCCACCGAGCCCCCAGCCGCCGCCCCGCCUCCUCCCCCUCCCCAGUCACCGCAGCCCAAGAUUCCCCACGCCCAGCCCGGCGGCGCCGCCCGCCUGCGCCGCAUCGCGCUCGGCGUCCUCUUCGGCUCCCUCGCCGGCUUCCUCCUCUCGCUCGCCUUCCUCUACGCCAUCCGCGCCGCCGUGCUCCACGCCAGGGACGCGCCCGCCGUCGCCAGGGGCCCCGUCUCCUUCACCCCGCAAAUCUCGCCCAAGAGCCUCCAGCUCGCGCUCCCCUCCGCGCGCCCGCUCGCGCGCGGCACCUACCACAAGCUCGUCCUCGACGGCGACCUCACCGUCGCCGUCAAGCGCCUCGACGCCGCCUUCGCCCACCCGGACUCCUCGCCGCUGCCGGCGCUCUCCAAGGCCGACAUGAGGAGGGUGCAGCGGCAGCUGGAGCAGCUCGCCCGGGUGCGGCACCUCAACGUCAUGAGCCUCAAGGCGUACGUCCGCGAGCCCGACCGGCUCUCGCUGGUCUACGACUUCGUGCCCGGGGGCAGCCUCGAGGACGUGAUGAAGAGGGUCAGGUCGCAGCAGCUCAGCCUCGACUGGGACACCAGGAACAGGAUUGCCGCCGGGAUCGCCAAGGGGCUGCGCUACCUGCACUUCGAGUGCAGCCCCAGGAUACUGCAUUGCAACCUCAAGCCCUCUAAUGUGAUGCUAGAGGAAGGCUUCGAACCGGUUCUGGCUGGCUGUGGUGUUGCGAGGCUGUUCGAUUCAGGUUUGGCUGCUGAUCCGGAAUCGUCAGGCAGCCUCUACACUGCUCCAGAGUGCUACCAAAGUAGCAGGUACACGGACAAGUGUGAUGUCUAUGGUUUUGGCUUGAUCCUCGGCGUGCUGCUUACCGGGAGAGACCCCACAGAUCCAUUUUUCUCUGGAGAAAGUGGACGGGGUGGCCUGGCUCGAUGGCUCCGUCAUAUGCAGCAUUCUGGUGAAGCAAAAGAAGCACUGGACAGCAGCAUCACAGGGGAGGAGGUUGACGAAGAGGAGAUGCUGAUGGCCGUCAGGGUGGCCAUCAUGUGCCUCUCGGAUGCGCCAGCUGAUCGGCCAUCCAGCGAUGAACUCGCCGCGAUGCUCACCCAACUCCACAGCUUCUAGCCGUCAUCACCGCUGGCGCUUUCUUCAGCGCACUGCUAAGCUCCCCGUAUGGUCUCCUGUCUCGCGAGACGUCAACACUGGGUGGUGCUGGGAUCAAACACCGUCCCGCUUUCAGUAAUACUGAAAGCCAGGUUAGAUGGUCCGUAUGGGAUCCAGCAAUCUACAGGCCAAACAAGUAUAGCUGCUCAGUAUCAUGAUGCAUGCUGGUGGUUGAGCUCAUGAUGUUGAACUGGCCAUGAUUUUUUGGAGCCUGGGAGGAAAAUGUGCAUAUAUGUCUGUAAAAUGAGGCAUCUUCUUACUAGAUCUCUUUGCUGUAGUAGAAGGAUGAUGCUAAGUUUGUGCAUUGACCCAUCACAGACAUGGGCUCCACGUUA